AUGCCGCUAUUCAAUGUCACCUUGAAAGAGAAUGCCUCGCCAGAGGAGCUCACCAAGGCAAAGGACAAGGCCAAGGCGGACGGCGGUGAGAUCAAGCAUGAGUUCACCUUGAUCAAAGGAUUUACUGUCGAGUUCCCCGAAGACAAAGUGGGCGUCCUCCAAACCAAUGAACACAUCCACGUCGAGCAAGAUGGCGAAGUCAGGACUCAAUGA